AUGGAACAUGAGUACAUACUAACUGCGAAGUCAACGCAGAUAUGUGGCGCCUCCGUAAAACGCCUUCCAUUCCGCACUCCCCUCGAGAAACCUGUCGUGGUUGUCUUCAGUGACAACUUGCACUAUGUUAUAAGUUUCGCCGACAUAAUAGACGUGUAUCCCGAUCACAAGGCUCGAAGUGGGCACAGCUCCUCCUUCUGCCUCCUGCUAAUGGCCAACACUUCCCUGUGUGUGGAACCCAUUGCUGAGGGGACUUACAGUCCAGCUCAGUCGGCUCGUGGCCGCAUCCAGACCCGCGUACUCUCGCUCGCCGCACCAUCUCCCGAAGCAAUGCGAGUGUGGGUAGACGCCCUGUUUACUUGCGCCGGUGCCUAUCUAUGCCUUCCCUCUCGUAGCCAAUGGCCAGGCAGUUAA